AAGUGGGAUUGUGGGAAGGUGUUUAUGACCAUCAUCAUCUGAGCCUUGAGGAACACGAGGAGAUCUGACACCCAAACACAAGCGUCCACGGGAAGAUCUUCAUCCAACCGGACGCAUUCUGUCAUCCCUCCGCAGCUGCAAUCAAUCAAAGCAGCCAUAGCCUUGUUUUGGAUUAAAAUCUGAUCCCGUGGUCCGCUCAAAGGAAGCCCGGAGUAAUUUGUCAUUUGUAAUGGAUAAUAUUCCAUGAAAAGAUUUGUAAAAAGGGGAGGAGCGAUGGGAAAACUGCACAGAGCGAGCAGUGCAGUUCAGAUGAAGACGAUGAAGACUGCCAUGGGUUUCCACUGUUCCUGUGGAGGUGCCGAGGCUUUCAGAGCAGGUGGAAGAACUUCAGGGGAACCAGAGGCAGAACGCUCACGUCACCCUCAGCUGAGGAGUCCCGACAAGAUUAUGAAGAUUUGACAUAUCUGCUGGGAGGCAAAAACACCGCGGCUACAUAUCAAAAGCUGGGAUUAGUUGCCUUUUCAUCCCCUGUCCUCCGGGCCGGCCUCCACCAUGGGGCUUGAGCGCGGGCGGCGGGCUUCCCUGGCAAUCACCUUCAACUUCGUGGCGCUCACUUUCGCCGUGUCAGCGGUGACCACCAGCUACUGGUGCGAAGGGACCAGGAAGGUGGCCAAGCCCUUCUGCACGGGUCCUCCAGCCAAGGCCAAGCAGUGGUUCUGCAUCCGCUUCAACAGCACCAACAUGAACGACAGCCGGCAGGUGCAGUACAUCUUUGAGACCGGAGAGGAGAAGUUCCUCCUGAAGAAGUUCCACGCCGGGAUCUUUUUCACCUGCGAGCAGGCCUCCGACAUGAAAGGGUACGACUGUCGACGCUUCGCUGAUGUCGCACCUGAGCACGAAAAAGGUGUGCUGUGGCUGUGCGUCGUGGCGGAGAGCCUGUACCUCAGCCUCCUCUUCAUCGGGGGCUGCAUGAUGAUCCUGGAACAGUGUCCCUGCUUCAGCAUCAUGAACAAGCUGAAACUGAGUGCCUUCGCCGCCAUGCUCACCGCCCUGUCAGGCCUCUGCGGGAUGGUGGCCCACAUGAUGUUUACCACAGCGUUUCAUCUGGCCGUCUCUUUGGGUCCGGUGGACUGGAGGCCCAAGUCCUGGGACUACAGCUGGUCUUACGCCUUAGCGUGGUGCUCCUUCGGUACCUGCAUGGGUUCUGCAGUGACGGCGCUGAACCGGUACACCAAGACCAUCGUAGAGUUUAAAUACAAGCGACGGAACAUCGAGAAGAGCCUGAUGGUGAAGGAGAAGAUGAUGGAGAUGGACCUCCCAGAACCCAUGUGGGACAUGUACUUGACUGCUGUGGCAGAGGCCCCCACCGAACUCCUGAUCAACGGCCACAAACCGUCCACUGGGGAGCCGUGCGUGGAUGAGGAGGACGGCCGAAGCCAACGGCACGGAGAGGCGUACUGCUGAGGACAGCAUGCGUCUCUGCUGAGGACUGAACCGAGGUUGGCUCCAAAACUGUUCAGAAUGUUCCAGAAGAAUGUUGUUCUCACUCAUCCCUGGAAGAAGCAGGUUUAUGGCUUCUGCAAUGAAAGGGGUUGGCUUCUGUUCUCUCUCUCUUUUUUUUGUGCUUUAGGGGAGCGCGUCUUCAGGAUUUAAACUGCAUUAAAAUUCUUCAGAAGUGCAUGCAACUGAUGCAACUAAAAACAUAUGGAGCAAUAUUUAUGCCAUCACGUUGCAAAUAAAAAUAUCAAAUAUUUGCUUUCAAUUUCUUUUGCUUUCAAAUUUUUUAUCUUUGCAGUCAAAAGGUUUUUAC